UACCACGUGCUAGCCUUGAGUGACGUCACUGCCGCCAGACCUGUAGACGUACAUGGGGCGAGCGGAUUCCUGCAGUGAACACGAUGUAUAUAUUUCGUUUUGCAGCGAGAUUUGACGACCGCGUAACAAUUCGCGACAUUCGCAAAGUGUUGUUUUGCAGUUUUCUGUAAUAAAAUGUGUAUGCGGUGACGUGUCAACAAAAAUAAUAGCUGUGCGUCGGCAGUUUUCUGGAUUUCACAGUAGCUGGUGGCGCUGUGCGCGGGGCUGGCGGCCGCGCCGCUUCGCCCCUGAUGCCGACGCCCACGCCCCGCGACCCGUCGUCUUCGCCUUCGACCUCGCCCGCGCCCGCGCCCGCGCCCGCGCUCUACGCUCGCUGCUGCCGCCGUCGCCGCCGCCACCGCCGCCGCCUUCGCGCGCCGCACCUGGAGUUCGUGCUCGGUGCCCAUGUACGUGGGCGGGGCGCCGGCGCACGCCGCCCCUAGCAGCGCCGCCGCCGCCGCCGCCGCCGCCGUCGCCGCCGCCGCCGCCGCCAUGGACAUGCAGCCCAUGGACGCCGUGUGCGAUCCGUCGCGCAAGCGCAAGAGCUCCUACAAGUGUGUAAUGAGUGUGAAGAAUUUGCCGUCGGGCUUAAUGCCCGAAGAAACUUAA